AUUUUAUCUCUAAGUAAGUAGCCUUUUUCGUGCAUUCGUUUAGAUGCUAGAAAAGCAUCAUCAUCUUACUCCAAGUAGAAACUCCAUGUUGACUGUCCGACAGACCUUACCUCUGCAUCGGCAGGGGUAGAAGGCCCUUCUAAGAAGGGUCUCCUCAUAUAAACGAGUCGAGGAUGAGGCUCGCAGGCUUUUUUGGGCCCCUAAGCGGCGUUGCAGUAACCGGAACGCGCCUUCUGCAACAACUACAUCAUUUAGGGAAACAAGAAGAACGAGAGCCGGUGGAGAACCAAUUUCAAGAACCUGCAGACUCGUUUUUAGAAGAUCAAGAUUCAUUGCAUGACGCAGAAACGCACAUCAGGCGUGAUCUGAUCUUGACUCAGCGUCAGCAGCGUCAACAACGACGCAGACAGCGUCAUCAAAGAGGCAUCGAAGAUCUUGGUAACCUUGUCGAGGCUUCUCUGUCCUCUUCAGAUGAGAACGAACAGGAUGACAGUUUCAACACAGACAAAUUAGAAGUGUCUAGUACACCUGAGGCGCAACCAAACAUCCACGAAGAAGAUGGGCCAAGCAAUAGAGCUACAAUUCGGGACGAGCUUUCAGCUGAUUCUGGAUUUUCAGACGCUGCUUCUAGCCUUACUGAUGCUGAAACUGGUCAACCUCUCUCUUCUAGUCUACAUACUCUUUCAGAGAUACGCGGACCUGACUUUCGUAAAUCUGAUGAGGCAGUGGUGUCCACUCAUCGUGAUGAACUAGAGGCAAAACUGUUGGGGGAACAAGUAGUAGGCGAACCACAUCUCUUAGAAGAAAGACUAGAUGAGCCUCCUCAUCCUUCUUCGCCUCGACAGAAUGGCCUUCGCGCUCAUUUCGUCGAGACGGGAAGCAGUGGCGAGACUCCUACUGGUGUCAACGAGGCAGCGCACGACCCUCAAGAGCAGCGCUCGUCUGUAGUUGGACCUGUACUGAUGGAAUCAUCGAGAAUUUCGGAGCCAUCUUCAGAGCUUGGCGCGCCAUCUUCGACUAGUGAGGUUGCUGGUGCGGCUAACGCUGAAAGCGAUGCGAAGUUAAGCUUUCACGAAAGAGAAGUACUAGAAGUACGAGUUAUAACUUUGGAUUUCAGAUGUUGAUCACUCACAAUAGCACGAUACAUGAAUUGUUCAAACAUUCCGCGCAUUCUUACCCUUAAAGUCACUACACUCCUCUAAUCCCCGCGAAACUCGACGAACAACUCCACGCCAGUGCCGAAAGUCUCAUGAAAACGAAUGACGAGAUGUCUGAGAUAGAGCGGAAGCUGCACGAAAGGCAAAGUAGUCUGAAGGAGCAGAUGGAGAAGAAGCAGAAAGAGCUCCGAGACAUGAUCGAACAUCCGGAAAAGGUAAUCGAUCGAAUGCGACACAAGAAAACGAGCAAGGCUGAGGGGGAGAUGAUGUUAUGCUUUAGGCGUAGACCAUUAUCGUCGGUUUCAAGUUCAACUUCAUAUUUCUUGCAUAAUAAUCAUUGAUGUUGGUAAAGAGGAAGAGCGUGACAAAUCUUCAAUUCUGCAAUUCUUCUAAUUCCAGCCCUCGAAUCCGGUAACUUCCGUCAGGACGAGCCGGAGGAGAAGGCAGCGCCGCAUCAACCUCCAUCGCAGAAUGCCGCUGCACCUAGUAGUGCACCAUCUCGUCCACAGCAACAGCAUAAGCUGCAUCCUAUGGGUCGUGGCAGCGGCACCACAGAGCAGGAGCUCGAGAAAGGUGGCGUCGCAGCCAGAUUGCUGGAAACGAAAGAACAGUACGACAUUAGCAGUACUACAGCAGCGACCUCAGAGGACAAGGACAAGAAAGAAGCGACUACUGCGACAGAGAAAAAAGCGAUUCCAGUUUCUGUCGCAACGUUCGACAAGUCGAAGGAAGGGAUUACGCAGCAACACAAAAGCAAGAAUUAUGGGAACAGAUCGAGACCUUCAUUGUGAUCAUGAAGUAGAUCGAUGAGAAUUUUUUCGACCUCUUCUUGUUGAACAACGUCGCUCCUUCUUUUUAGAUUCUGUUGCAGCUACUGAGAGAGACUGAGAGAGUCGUAGAUGUAGUAGAUCUUGCACCAGCUAAUUUAACGUAGUUGUUCCUUUCCACAUCAACAUCCACGUCCUCUAACUCCCACAAGACUCUUCUUCAACCCAGAAAGAACAGCUUGCUCAGCAGAAGAAAGCAUCCUCACGGAAACUGCAACUAGAGGUGGUGCAGGAUAAAGAACGAGAGCGACAGAUCGAAGCGCGAAAGGCCAUGGAGAGGGAGGCUUCCGCCUACCAUGACAAGAUGGAGGCAGACGCGUUGCAGAUGCAAAGCCUAGAGCAGAAGUACGUCGACGAUGUUGGCACAUGGGGACAGACGACGUCGAGAGUUAUGGAUUGUAAUUCUCGUUGUAGCUAAGACUUAGCCCAAAAAGAACAGGAAAUGUUGGGUAUCUCAUACUCAUAUCUUCCACCUUGAUAUCACAUUUUCAUCGAUCAAUCUCCCACUCGGCUUCUUCUAACGGCAAAAUCAACGACAACAUCCAACGCAUGAGAGCGCGCCAGAAGAAGCAUAUGCAACAUGGCAUUAUCCCGUCUUCAAAGGCUGAUAUCGAGGAAGAUGAUGAGGAUUUCAAGAACGAGUACUAUGAGAACGGCAUGAUGCUUGCCAAGGAUGUCUUUGGAUCCUCCAGUACUAGUUCUAGAGGAGGAUCUACCUCUGGUGCAGGAUCUUCUGGAUCCCCUGGCUCAUCUGCUUCAGUUGGAGGAGGAGGUGGAGGAGGAACUAGCAAGCAUCCUCAACACUCCAGUCAUGUAGCAGUUCUCACGAGGAAAGUCGAUGUCGUGGUGGAAGAGAAAGAUGCACGAACACGAAACGAAAGAUCGUCAGACGCAGCUUCAUCUUCUGAUCAACAAGAAGCACAUGUUGGUGGUUUAUCUUCAUCUUCUGAUACAACUUCUAGUCAUGAACAACAGGCACAAGCAGAUGAUGCAGAAGUACUAGAUGCUAGUGCGGCUACAAAGAAGACGAGUACGACGAAGAAGAUGGGAUUCAGUGUCGAGAUGGGCCAGCUUCAUGACGAGGAUGAGACUGUAGUAGAGUCAUCUUUGAACGACCACAGUGAAAAGGCAGCGGUCAAAAAGAGCAAGAGCGCAUCUUCCUCAAGCAAGAGCAGCAAGAAAAACGACAAGACCAACAAAUCCUAUUCCAAAUCACGACCUUCUAGCCAUAAUAUGACAGAUGGAGAAAACGAAGACUCAGUUGUAGCACUUUCAACAUCUGCUUCCAGUGGUGAUGCUGAAUCGGAUGAAACUUCUGUUGUCGAGGCGCAAGCCAAGCUAGCCAAGCAGUUCGAAGAAGAAAGGGAGGAACAUGACAAAGAAGUCGCUGACCUUCGAAAGAAGCUAGCUGAGCAAGAUCAACGCAUGACAGCGAUGCAACGGCUGCUUGAUUUGCAGAAUGCCCAGACACACAACAUCUUGGACGAGACAAGGCAGAAAGUGAAGGAAUGGGUACUUUGAGAACUGCUCACGAGAGAUGAAGUUCUUUCACUUUCAUCUCGUCGUUUUAAUAUUCUGAAUCAAGAACGAACACCAACACGAGGUGUAUGAUCACUGCUCUCAGUCUCAUUUCUUCUGCAAAAUGAUUUUAACUUUGUGCUUUGACCAUUUUGAAUUAUUGAAAACUAUCAAUCUAGACCUUCCAUCAGGGUUCUUCUGCAGAUGGCCCCAGUUUGUUGGAAGGCUCUUCCGAAGGUGAUGGAGGAAUGAAGAGAGUGCAGUUGAGCGCUCGCGCAGCUAGCGGCUUCGACGAACCGUCUCACUAUGACGAGGAAAAAUAUUUGGAGCGAGCACGAAGUAGGAAGGCGCAGGUGGAGGAUGGUAAGACUACAAGAACAGCGUCACGACAAGCUGCAGCGGGUACAACAUCAUCCGGCGCCGACUCCGACUCAGUAGAGGACCCAUUUUCACUGGGUUCUCCUAGCUUCAGUCUUGCAGAGAAGAGACGAACAAACACUGCUGAACUACAAGAGUCUACAUCAUCGACUAGUACAAGUACUAGUGAACAAGAGUCUACGUCUACUAGUACCUCCACCUCAAGAACCUCUUCUAGUGAAGAUUUGAAGCCUAUGAGUCGGUUCUUCAAAUUCUGGGAAGAGCAUGAAAAAGACCAGGAUCCGCAUGACAAGCUAGACGGAAAAUUCAUCGACCACUCCGCAGAAUGGGAUGGCUUCGGGAGCGAUCCUCAUCGAGCGGCGAAUCGUCAGAGGGAGAUGACCAGGAAAAAUAGGGUUAUGAAUAAGGAUUUCUGUAGUUGAGGUUGACUAUUGGAUUUCCUCUUCUAUUUUCAAUUUCUGAAUAAGGAUUUCUGUAGUUGAUGUUGACUAUUGGUGGAUAUCCUCUUCUAUUUUCAAUUUCAUUGAGCGGCUAGAAGGUGUAGGUUAAUAUAUUUAUCAGAAUCUCAUUCUCUAACAUCAAACCAAGCCAAACUGCCGGGUCAAUGCCAGAUCACUCUCACGAGAACGGAGGUGUCUACUUGCAUCACACUGGCUCUGUCGAGCACGGAUGGGAUGACGUAGGCGGUCAUUAUCACAAGAGAGAGACCACAUAUCCUUCCGGAAGACGAGGAGGACACCAGAGUACUUUUUUCUCUACGUCGUGGUCUUUGUUUGUUAUGCUCAUCCAACUUUGAUGCCGCAUGCUGAUCCACAUCCAACUUUGUCCGGAGAGCAUGGGCACUCACUACUGGACGUUUGUAUUCUCAAUUUCACCUUCAAAUCACAGCACAUCUAAAUCAAUCACAUCUUCCAGGUGACCACGCCACGUGGCUCGAAGAAGAGGAAGCAGCUGAUUUUUUGCCGACUGGCGACGACUACAACCUCAGCGACUACGAUGAUGAUGAGGACUUGGGCUGGGAUUCGCAUGGACUGGGUUCCUACGGCGAUUUCUACACACCCACAGACUACGGUGACGCUUUCGCGGCGGCGCAUGUCGGGUUUUGA